UGUUUCCAACUAAAAAGAUACCAAAGGGAAAUAAAAAUGUUUUUGUAGCUGCAGCCGAAACGUAGAUAAGGUAGGCUACCCACUAUAGUUCAUUGUUUCCCAUGGCUCAUCAACUUCUCGGGAGACCGAUCCAGUCCACUUACCUCUUUGUAUCUCAUGUUAAAUCCCUAUUUUGGCACUCCCCACCAUUACUUUCACCACGAUUUUUUCUCAAUCUAUCUUAUCCCAAGCAUUAUCUUCCACACACCCCAUCCCAAUCAUCAUAUAGGUUUCUUCUAUGCACUGCAACAUCCCAACCUGCUGCUGCACUGAUCAAAGACCAACAACAAAAACAACUUCAGCUACCUUUUGAAAAUGAAGAUUAUGAAGAUGACACAGAUUGUGAGGAAGAAGAUGAAAAUUUUAGUGACGAAGAAAAUGACAGUUCUGAUGACAUUCCAGAAAACGAUGAGGUGGCCUCUUCAUUGGAACAAAACCAAUCAACACAUGCUUCAAAAGUUCCUUCGAGAAGGAUUCCGCAAUUAACACCAAAAGAGAAGAAACAGCUCAAUUCAUAUGCUCAUGGCCUUGGCAAGAAGCUUAAAUGUCAUCAGGUUGGCAAGUCAGGCGUGACUUCAUCUUUAGAAACUUCUGUCAGUGAUGCACUGGAAGCCAAUGAGCUUAUAAAGUUGAAGGUGCAUGGCACUUGUCCAGGUGAGCCAGAUGCUGUAGCUUCACAGUUGCAAGAAGCAACAAGAUCAGUAGUGGUUGGGCAAAUUGGUCGUACCUUUAUACUAUAUAGGCCAAGUCCUCGCAAAGCUGCACCAACAGAGACAAAGAAGCCAUCACCAAGACCACAAAAACAGCAAAGACACCGCAUUGCAAAACCUGCUGAAUUGAAGAAAAGGAAAGCUUAAAAUUGCCUAGUAGAUGUUCUUGCAGUAAGGAGCCCGUAGCAGGUAGCUGUAUUUCUUAAUGUGAUGAUCAAAUUCCAGCAGAGAAUGUUUUGGUGGUCAUUUGACAGGGUCAUUGCUUCCAAUAGUCAGCUUCAAAAUUAUGCAACUCAAUAUUCUCUGUACGAUGAACAGCCUCCAUGUCACAUUAUGACGACAACAGGAGAGUCUAUGUUUGCUCUGACUUUCAAAUAUCCAUGCGGGUUAGGGCAGUUAGAUUGUAAGAGGCAGAUAAUGUUUGAGAUUCAGAGUUCUUUGAAUUAUAUACUGUAGCUCCUUUCAAUGCCAUAUUAUUUAGUGCAUUUUCUUAUGUACCAUUGAGUUUUUGAGAUGAACACAGCAGGGGCUGUGACACCUUUAUUAAAGGGAUGACAAUUAAAAAGAUGAGGAAAAUUUUCAAAAUAUAGGAAAUUUCAACUAUUCAUAUAUAAGGCAUCCAUCAAAUACAUUAUAGAAUUACAUUACAUAA